UCAACAUAGGAAACCACCCCUAUAUAAAGGUGUUAAAGCUCAUAUUUUUCUUCAAACUCAAGCUUGAAUUGCAGAAAUCCUCUUCUUCUUUCGGUUGUCUUUCAUUGACAGCAUUGGUGUUGAAAUCUUGGAGUUGGAGAUUUUGCAUGCGUCAAUUUAGGGAGCUUUGCUUGGUAUCUUUGGAGCUUUUGCAUCUAUCAAUCAAGGAGCUUUGCUUGGAGUUUUUGGAGCUUUGCACCCAUCAAUUAAGGAGUUUUGCUUGGAGCUGUUGGAGCCUUGCACCCAUCGAUCAAGGAGUUUUGCUUGGAGUUUUUUUUUGGAGAGCUUUUCUUGGAGCUUUGGGGCUUUUGCACCCAUCAAUCAAGAAGCUUUGCUUGGAGUUUUUGGAGCUUUGCACCCAUCAACAAGAAGUUUUGCUUGGAGCUGUUGGAGCUUUGCACCCAUCAAUCAAGGAGCUUUGCUUGGAGUUUUUGGAGCUUUGCACCCAUCAAUCAAGGAGUUUUGCUUGGAGCUGUUGGAGCUUUGCACCCAUCAAUCAAGGAGUUUUGCUUGGACUUUUCUUGGAGCUUUGGAGCUUUUGCACCCAUCAAUCAAGGAGCUUUUCUUGGAGCUUUGGAGCUUUUGCACCCAUCAAUCAAGGAGUUUUGCUUGGGUACAAUUUUCUUCUUGGAAGCGUGGAUAUUUUGCUUUUGCGUGGGCUAUCUCGUCUACUCCAACAUGGUUCGGGUGAUGUUUAACUUGCACUUUAGGCAGCUCAAUUGGCUUUUAUUCAGAUUCUGGGUGCGCUCGGAUCUGGGCCAUUGCGAGUUCGACCUUUAAAGAUUGCUUGUUACAUCUUCUCUUGGCGUGCUUCUAUGUGGACUAGAUGACUCAAUUCUUUAAUAGGUCUUGGGUGCGCUCGGACCUAGGAUUGCUCGAGUCUAGUUCCAAUGGAGUUGUUACUUUUGGCGAGCGCAUGCUUCUACUCCGUUGCUAGGUGUUAUAAAGCUCGAAGCUCAAUGCAUACUUUGGAAGCAAGGCGAAGCCCUCCACAUUGGCGUAUACUUUGAAAGCAAGGCGAGACCACCCUCCACAUUGACGCAUACUUUGGAAGCAAGGCGAAGCCCUCCACAUUGACGCAUACUUUGGAAGCAAGGCGAAGCCCUCCACAUUGACGCAUACUUUGGAAGCAAGGCGAAGCCCUCCAUAUCGAUGUAUACUUUGGAAGCAAGGGGAAGCACUCCGCAUCGACGCAUACUUUGGAAGCAAGGCAAAGCACUCCGCAUCGGCGCAUAAAGCUCAAAGAUCAAGUUUAAGAAGAUCGAAGACACAACUCUCAAAGGCUGCUCAAAGACCAUCCAAGAAUCAUCUUGAAGAUUGGAGAGAGCUCUUUCAAAGUGUGUUGAAGCUAGAUGUGGAGACGCGGAGUUUAAAUUUGAUCAAGAAAAAGCUUCGAAGGUUUGGACCCGUUUUGUCACUUGCCUCUUCACUUGUAUUAUUUCAUAACUUUCAAGCAACAUUCAUUGUUUCUUAUGAAUUAAUGUACCAUUUAACUUCAACCAUCCACCAUUCAUUUUAUUCACCAACUUUGAAUGAUAAUAAUCCAACUUGAAAAGAC